AUGGAGGCACUUCAACAACUUCGAGGCCAAUUAAGACAAUUAUUCGAUAGUCUCUUUACCAUAAAGGAUGAAAAUGGACUAGCAAUACAUCCCAUCUUUGAUGCAUUGCCUCCAAAGAAGGAAUACCCUGAUUAUUACAUUAUUAUAAAGAAACCUGUUUCAUUUAACACUAUAAAAAAGAGAUUGUCCCAAUAUAUUGAUGCUCAGGAUUUUAUCAACGAUUUAGCUCAAAUUCCUUGGAAUGCAAAGACUUAUAAUGCGCAAGGUUCCCCCAUUUAUAGAUGUGCCACUGAUUUGGAAAAUUUUAUUAAAGAUUCCAUUUUACCCAAAUUGAAGCAGCAAUAUCCAAAUGUAAGGUACCCUCAGUUGGCACCUUUACCAGAUGAAAUAACGCCAAAGGAAAAUCAAAGGAAACCAGUGGAAAAACCUUCAUCCUUUGUCAUUAAAUUGAAUAGGGGUGACCACACCACUAAUACCAAUACUAAUAAUACUAGGGUGCCCACCAUUUUAAAUACUCAAACUACUAAUGGUCCUAUGCAAGAAGUGGAAAGAAAAUUCGUUCCUCCCGCUCCAGCAAAUGCCACAGCAAACGUUAUAAUUCAGAACACUACAUCAUCAGCAGGUACACCCUUAUCAUCUCGUAACACAUCACAAUCACCAACUCCUCUUACGCAAACAUCCAUGGACCCAUCGUACAGACAACCAUCUCAUCUUUAUUCCACCAGAAAUACUCAAAAGAGAAAUAAAAUUAAACGUGGGAGACCACCAAUUAUUGAUUUACCAUAUAUGCAAAGGAUUAAAAAUAUUUUGAAAUCAUUGAAGAGAGAUGUUGAUGAAAAUAACAAACCAAUUCUUUCAAUUUUUGAUAAAUUCCCGCUACUAAAUGAUUUUAAUGCCAAUAAUUCUAGUGUACAAUAUCCCAUUGUGCUAGAUGAUAUCUGGAAAAAAAUCAAGACAAGGAAAUAUAAAAACUUUAAAGCUUUCCAAAUUGAUUUCAAUUUAAUGUUAGCCAAUUUUAAGAUGCUGUAUCACUUGAAGGAAAAUUAUUUAAUGAAAGCUGCCAUUAUUGAAUCACAAUUCAAUAAUUUAGUCAAUUAUGAAUUGGCAAGACCUGAUUCUGAUUAUAUCCCAGAAGGUGAAUUUAGAACUCCAUUAGAUGAAGUUUUCUUGAGGGGAAAAAAAUACAGUAUUGGUGAUUGGGUAUUAUUAAAUAAUCCAAAUGAUUCUGAGAAACCCAUUGUGGGUCAAAUAUUUAAAUUAUGGUCUACACCAGAUGGCAAUAAAUGGUUAAAUGCAUGUUGGUACUUCCGUCCAGAACAAACUGUUCAUAGAAGUGAUAGACUAUUUUAUAGAAAUGAAGUAAUGAAAACAGGGCAAUAUAGGGAUCAUUCCAUAGAAGAUAUUGUUAGUGGCUGUUAUGUUGUACAUUUUACGAGGUAUCAACGUGGUGACCCUGAAAAUAAAUUUGAUGGUCCAUUAUUCAUAUGUGAAUUCCGUUAUAAUGAAACUGAUAAAGUGUUUAAUAAGAUUAGAACAUGGAAGGCUUGUCUUCCGGAGGAAAUUCGUGACAUUGAUGAAAUUACCAUUCCAGUCAACGGUAGAAAAUUCUUUAAAUAUCCAUCACCAAUAAAGCAACUCUUGCCAAGAAAUGCAACGAUUAAUGAUCCUAUACCGCAAGCCACAGAGGGACUCCCCAACGCGCCACCUUUGGUCGGGGCUGUUUAUUUGGGACCCAAACUAGAACGUGAUGAUUUAGGUGAGUACUCUACUUCCACGGAUUGUCCACGUUAUAUCAUAAGGCCCGAUGAUCCAAGAGAACCUGGUAUAGUAGAUCUAACGAAUGGGACAAUAACAACUGGCCCACCGUCAAAUAUGAGUGCCAUAUCACGAUCGUCAUACUCAUCUGCACGUUUAAAUAUGCAUCAUAGCAACAGUACGAAAAGUCUUUCGAUGUUACAAGGUAACAUGACGACCCCAAUGGCUGCACCAGUACCAAAUACAGGUUAUUCAAAUGUGCACAGAGAUUAUGUUGGUCCACAUUCAAGAGUUAAUACGCCGUUGUUACCACACGGCCAUAGACAACAGCCGCAACAACCACUACGUCGACAUUUAUAUAACAAGAAUAAUAACAAUGGUAAUCCCAAAGUGGAUUUGCGUACUGCUAUCAACAAUUUAACAGCCCAGAACACAAAGGGAGCGCAUAGUCAAAUACUCGUGAAUGCACCUGGAGCAUACGUGCUACCAUUUGGUCCCGAUAUCCUGCGACCUGUGGAUACCGUGGAGCGUACUGAUGUGAACAAUCAAUCAAGAAGGUUUAAUAAGGAACAAAUGGCAUCAAGAAAGAGGGAUCUUGCUAUGGCAAGUGAAAUACUCUGGUUUAGGGGUCCAAGUGUAGUUCUAAGUACAAGAGUGCUAAAUCUAGGUAAUGAACCGUUGGAAAUGCCAUUGAAUAGAUGGUUCGGCAAGAACAAGAAACCUAAGUUAGAGUUCGAAGAGAUAGAGGAGCAAGUGGACGAACAAGAAGCAUCGGCAGACAGGAAUACUGAACUGGCAAACACAGAGGCACCAGAGUUGGAGACUGAAGAUGACGACGAGGACAAUGAACAGAUCAUGAACCCUUUCAACUCCUGUCUGACUCCUUCAGCCAAGUUCCUCUCAUUCAAGAUCGCUUCACGUGCUUCGCUCCAAACAGAGUCACUUUGA